GUCACCGAAACAUGAUGGACGUGGAGAGGGGGGUGGGUCUCUGGGAGUCACGUGACCUGGCCGCAAAGCGGCGGAAGGGGAGCCGGUCAAAAUGGCGAAGGUCUCGGAGAUGUACGAUGUGACAUGGGAAGAAAUGCGAGAUAAAAUGAGAAAGUGGAGGGAAGAGAACUAUCGGAACAGUGAGCAAAUAGUGGAAGUUGGAGAAGAGUUAAUUAACGAAUACGCAGCUAAGCUUGGUGAUGACAUUUGGAUAAUAUAUGAACAGGUGAUGAUUGCUGCAUUGGACUGCAGCCGGGAUGACUUGGCGGUGUUUUGUCUUCAAGAACUAAGACGGCAAUUCCCUGGGAGCCACCGAGUUAAGCGGUUAACUGGCAUGAGAUUUGAAGCCAUGGAAAGGUAUGAUGAUGCAAUCCAGCUGUAUGAUCGGAUUUUACAAGAAGAUUCAACUAAUACUGCGGCAAGAAAGCGCAAAAUUGCCAUUCGAAAAGCCCAAGGGAAAAAUGCUGAAGCCAUCCGAGAGCUGAACGAGUAUCUGGAACAAUUUGUUGGCGACCAAGAAGCCUGGCAUGAACUUGCAGAACUUUACAUCAAUGAACAUGACUAUGCAAAAGCAGCCUUUUGCUUGGAGGAGCUCAUGAUGACUAACCCUCAUAACCACUUAUAUUGCCAGCAGUUUGCAGAGGUUAAAUAUACACAAGGAGGUCUUGAAAACCUUGAAUUGUCAAGAAAAUACUUUUCACAAGCAUUGAAGCUGAACAACCGAAAUAUGAGAGCGUUGUUUGGACUUUACAUGUCUGCCAGCCACAUUGCUUCAAAUUCCAAGGCAAGUGCAAAAAUGAAAAAGGACAAUAUGAAGUAUGCUAGUUGGGCUGCAAACCAAAUCAAUAGAGCUUACCAGUAUGCUGGUCGCAGUAAGAAAGAAAACAAGUACUCUUUGAAAGCUGUAGAAGACAUGUUGGAAGCCCUGCAAAUCACCCAGUCUUAAGCCAUAAUAAACCUGUCCAGGAAGCAGAUUCCUUUUUCUAACUCUGCAUCUUACCUCCAGUCAUCUAAAACUUAUGUUAAUUUUAAAUUGCUAACUGUGUUAAUAGUGGUUUGUGAAAGUGACUAUCUUAAAUAAUAUGUUUUAUAAAGAUAUGAUUCCUAUUUAUUGCUGCUGUGAUGAAAAGCCACUGAAAUAAAUAAAAGAAGCAGAUUUUAUUGAACAUCGGUCUCUUCAGAUCUUCUAUGUGCAGUGAAUGCUUAAGCCUAUAACCUGAUAUGGAAAUAAACUUAAGUGAUGAUAAAACAGGAUGAUUUAUUGCACAUAAGUAGGUGUGCUGGAAACCUGUGUAUGAAAAUGAAUACCAUAUGGGUGGACAACAUUUUUUGAACAGUAAAGUUGAUGCAGCAGUACUAAAUUGAGCCAUUAACUUAUUACCAUUUCUGUUCAUUCUUUAUUGCAAAACAUGUGAAUUGUCAGUGCUAAGUUCUGUUCUUCUCCUGUGCAGUAUGAAAAUAAGUGUGUCUAUAAGUUUGAUCGAACAGGACAUAAGUACUAACUUUAAGUGAUGCCCCCGAAAUGUGGAAGGAACUGCUGCUAUGGUUACUUCAAUGCUGUUAUUAAAGUCACAUAUUAAAUAAUUCUACUUCUGUUGUUCCUUUUCACAUUAUCAAUGCUCUUUCCUGCAGUGGCUGAUUAAUUUGAGGAUGAUUUCCAAAACGAAUACACCCAAAUGUCCCCAGUUUGUUUUGACAUGAUGGUGAGCUAGGAUGGUGUAUUGAACUAAAGCAGGAUUUGAAUCUUCCCUUGGUAAUUGAAACCCAUUGGGUGACUUUGAGCAAGUCACACCCUCUCAGCCUCAGAGGAAGGCAAUGGCAGAAAACCCCCAUGAUAGAUUAUUCUUAGGUCACCAUAAGUUAGAACAAAAACAUAUUUUAAUAUGAGUUCCUUUAAUAUGGGGCUGUACUAAUUCUACAUCUGUAGUAGCUUUGUUGUAAGCAAUCCAGAUUUGGUUUUUGUUCUGAAUCUGGUUUCAUUCUGCUCUGAAGUAAUGUGUUCUAGAUUUUAUUAUUUUAAUUUGAAUAAAAGCAUCUCAAAGCAUCUGGGAAAAUCAAUUUCUAGACUAGUUAUGCAUUUGUUAUUCUUUCCUGCUGUAUUAGUAUAGUACAUCUCAGCAUAUUUCUUGCCUAAGAAAACCCUAUGAAAUUCAUGGGGUUGCCAUGAGCCAACAAGCAACGUGAAGAGAGAGAGACACACACACACACUCUAGUUAUGAUCUUGUUUACUGGGUUUCUAGCAUAGAAGCCCAUCACGGUGAAUAAGUAAAGCUUUAUCUUCUAGUAUUAGAUGUUCAUUUAGAACAGGAUUCAUACAAGUUCUCCAGGACCAGGAGCAUUUCCAGGUCUAAAUACAGCACCAGAGCAAACUGUUGGAAUUCAGUAUGAACACAACCUUUGUAUACAAAAUCCCAGGCUCAUGCCAGCAAGACAGCACAGCUUGUUGUUUUCAUCAGAGCUGUGGCAUAAAUGAGCAGAAAUUCAUCACAUUUUUCCUCUGUGGUAUGGGCAAGGGGGUUAAUGUUUUCCCCAGGAGACAGAAAGGUGGAGGAGAUGGGAUGGAGGCUGUGUGUGUGCUUUAAUGAGACAGCUACAGUCUUAGAUGAAACUUGGAAGGAGUAAGGCACAUAAACAAAUGAAUAUCACGAUUCUGCUUCAUUGUUUAGACAGUACUUUAGCUACUGAGCUUGAAGUACUCAAGACAUACAGGACGAUUGCAAAAAAAUGAGUUCAUUGCUUUUAUGGCCUGAGAAGAGAUAGUAAAAAAAAAUGUGUCAGACAUAAAUAUUACAGUAGUAAAUUCUUUUUUCAAAAAUCAAAUUUUUAACUCCUGUCAAACAUUUAAAAACUCAACACAUGAGAUAUGCAACAAUUUUGAAGAUUACGCAGAAACACUGUCUGGAACUGUUCAUUACUUGAAAGAACACAAAUAUAUUGACCUAUACAAUGUGUAUGUAUCAUCCUCUGACCUAUGAUUCCACUUAUUGAUAGAAUCCAUGCAUAGACUUACGACAAGUGGACUUGCCAUGAAGAUUUGUUUUAAAUCUUUACCCACUUUAAUAUAGGGGGAAACAAAACAAUUGUGUUUUAAGAGUCCUUGAAGUUACAGAAUGUCCAUACAUGUUACUAAUGUAAUCUUCCAACAUUACCACAUAAGAAUUAAGGGUUAAAGGUGAGAUGACAAUUUUAUGUGCCCAAGGCUGCUCUAAAUAUCCUCAAAUGAGUGUAUAGGUGUGUAUGUAAGGUCUCGUUUCAAUAAGAACAACAAUAAACUGCUAAAAGUGUUCAAGUCACUUCUAUAUUCCUGCCUCAAAUGCCUUUUGCACACCUGAUAUUACCAAACUACAAAUCCCAGGAUUCCAUAGCAUUCAGCUAUGGCAGCUAAAGUGGUGUCAAACUGCAUCCAUUCUACAGUGUAGAUGCCCUUGGGUCAAACUGGAACCUUCCUCCCACCUUUAUGAUUGGAGUUUUUUCCCCUUUUUUUAAACAUGUCUUUAGGCUGGUCUUAAAAGCAGACACUUAUUAUGGUGAUCUUAAAUACCGCUUUGGAAUAUAAAGCUGUUUUCAGGUUUAAUUACGAGAUUUCUGUUUAUGUCUCUUUGCUAAUGUCAUAUGUAUUUAAGCACUGUUUUUAUAUUUUGAAAAUCAAUAUAGAAUUUGCUCCUGUAUCUGUAAACAUAUUGGCAGAGCAUGCCAUCUAGAGGAGAAAAGUGCACCAGUACUGUUUCUUCACCUGAUGCUGGUUUCUGUUUCGUAAAACAAAUACCAUUUUAAAAGAUCACUAAAUAAAAAGCUCAAAGAAGUGA